CCUCCCCAAGUAACCAAACAAAUCAAAACUCAAAAAUCAAAAACAAAAAAAAUUCUCAGAAUUUCAAACCCUAAUUGCCAAAUCCUUCUCUUUCUCUCUCUCCAAUUGGCCACAAAUUGAUGGUGAAUUUCGCGGUCCGGUUCUGAUUCGGUGCGAGUUUCUAGGGUUUUUUGCGGCGAAUGGCGGCGUUGCAGAGCGUGGUGCAGUCGUGCAUGAGCACCACCACGGCGGCGAGCAGCUUCGGCGGCUCGUGUAAAGGCGGAGGCGGUGUUGCUUCGGCUAGUGUAAUGGCGGUUCCCGAUCAGUUUCCGGCGGGGUUGAGAGUCAUGGUGGUCGACGACGACACGACUUGCUUGUCGAUUCUCGAGAAGAUGCUUCGCCGGUGUCUCUACCAGGUUACACUUUGCUCCCAGGCUACGGAUGCUUUGAAUCAUCUACGAGAGAAAAAGGGCUAUUUUGAUGUGGUACUGAGUGAUGUUCAUAUGCCUGAUAUGGAUGGAUUUAAACUCCUGGAAUGUAUAGGGCUGGAGAUGGAUCUUCCUGUCAUCAUGAUGUCUGCUGAUGGGAGAACAAGUGCUGUUAUGAAAGGAAUCAGACAUGGGGCUUGCGAUUAUCUAAUUAAGCCUAUUCGUGAGGAAGAGCUCAAGAAUAUCUGGCAGCAUGUUGCUAGGAAAAAAUUAAGUGAAAAUAAAGAGCUUGAACUAUCAGGGAGCUUGGAAGAUAAUGAUCGGCAUAAACGGGGAAAUAGCGAUGUCGAAUAUACUUCUUCUGUCAAUGAAGGAACAGAAGGAAGAGCGAGAAGUCAGAAGAAAAGGAGCAGUGCUAAAGAAGAUGAAGAUGGUGACAAUGAUAAUGAUGAUAUGUCUACAUCAAAGAAACCCCGUGUAGUAUGGUCAGUUGAACUCCAUCAGCAAUUUGUCAGUGCUGUGAACCAACUGGGGCUUGAUAAGGCUGUGCCAAAGAGAAUUCUUGAAUUGAUGAAUGUACCUGGUUUAAGUAGAGAAAAUGUUGCAAGCCAUCUGCAGAAAUUCAGGUUAUAUUUGAAGAGGCUAAGUGUAGAGCAACAACAAAGUGCAAAUGCUUUCUGUGGACCUGUUGAACCAAAUGUGAAAUUGGUUUCGCAUGGGAAUAGAUUUGACAUCCAAGCUUUGGCUGCAUCUGGACAAAUACCUCCUCAAACGCUAGCAGCCCUGCAAGCUGAGCUUCUCGGUCAACCUGUAGGAAACCAUGGGCAAGCAAUAGAUCCACCUGCUAUGUUACAUGCAACCUUGCAGAGGCCAAGGCGUGCCCCUAUAGAUCAUAAUGUGACAUUUGGGCAGCCUUUGAUAAAACGCCAAUACUUUCCACAAUCCAUCAUAUCUGCUGAGGAUGCAUCUUCAGGCGGACAAUGGCGGUCUAAUAGUCUUGGUACUGUGGCACCGAACAGCAAUCUUGGAGGGUUUAGUACUCAGAAUAACAUGUUUGUGGAUAUAUUGCAGCCGGAUCAACGACCACAGCAAAACAGACAUCAGCAGCCGUUGCUAUCCGAACCUAUUCGAAGUAUCAAUGUACAGCCAUCUUGCCUUGUGGUGCCCUUGCAGUCAUCAGCUAGUUUCCAGGCUGGAAAUAGUCCUGCUUCUGUCAAUCAGAGUUCUAGCUUUAACAGGUCUACUGCUGUUGAUUACAGUCUCCUCUCUGCUCAAUCUAAUAAUAAUUCCUUAAUGAACGUCGGGCGGAUAUCAGGACAUCUUAAAACCCCUGGCAUUCUUAGUGGGUACUCAGCUACUACCGGUUCGUUAUCUACUCCAUCGUGUUCUGUAAUUGCUGAAAGUAGCACCAGUCCACAAAACUCAACUGUGACGUAUAGUGACGCUCGACAAAUGCCCGGGCAGUUGCAUAAUACGUCAAAUAUCCAGGAUUUGUAUGCUCCUAAAUCAAGGGAAAUGCUUGAUCAGGGCGCUUACAGGAAUAUCGGAUUUGUUGGUAAAGAGACUCGCAUUCCAAGUCGAUUUGCAGGGGACGAGUUUGAUUUGCAAAGCAACUUAAACCAUGGAAGCAUCCAUGUCGAGAACAGUGGUAACCCAGUUAAGCUGGAGCCAAAUAUGGGUUUUGUGGACAAUGCAAAUGGCGCCCCAAUAUAUCAACAGUUUUCUUCCAGUGAUCUCACAAGUGUUUUCAAUGAAUAGGUUUCCGUUAGGUGGCCACCACAAGUCUCUUAAUUUCUGUGGCGCGUACAGAUUAUUACACAUUCUCAAAAUGUCCAGUACAGAUUGCAGUUGAAGUCUCUUGUAUAAUUCUUAUGAUAGAUCUAGUUUCAGUGCCUGCACCAGACUCAACAGGUGCAUAGCGGCCUCUCUCCUACCCGAGACUCAAGAGCUGAGGAUUAAUCUCAUUGUUUGCUCAGGUUCACUUUGAUCUAGUGUUUAGUAUUGUCCGUCCUUGGUAAAAAUAAAUAAUGUCAGACUCCAACAGCUUGAAACAAUAUUAUAAUGGCAUCUGGUCAACACAAUUGUGUAGUAAUUUGGAUUUAGAAAUGUUGGAUAUGGCUCAUGACUUUUUCAGUCUUCAAAUCAUUUUGUUGUAAUUUAUAUCUAUAUAUUUCCCAAUUUAUUUAGACAACCGCAUCAAUGUAAAUUACUUGCGCAAGAUGAUAGACAUUACGGAUGUUGUGGUAACUGGUAAGAUUGCGACUGUUGCAUCUUCCAUUUAGCUAUCCAAUUACUGUAGUAAUAUCUAUUUUAGGAGUUCUAUGGC